AGUGCGCAUGCGCGGGGCGGGGCCUCCCGGCGGCCCGAAGAGCCGGGCCGGGCGCCGCCAUGAAGCGAUAGCCGUCGCCGCCGCCGCGCUGAGUCCGGCUGGUGCAGCCGGCGCUGCCGGAGAGCCCAUGAGCCUGAGCGAGCACUCGAUGCAGGCGCUGUCCUGGCGGAAGCUCUACCUCAGCCGGGCCAAGCUCAAAGCGUCCAGCCGCACCUCCGCGCUGCUCUCGGGCUUCGCCAUGGUGGCUAUGGUAGAGGUGCAGAUAGAGUCCAAUACCGCCUACCCUGCAGGUCUCUUGAUUGCUUUCAGUGCGUGUACUACUGUGCUUGUUGCAGUUCAUCUUUUCGCCCUCAUGAUAAGUACCUGCAUCCUUCCAAACAUAGAGGCUGUGAGCAAUGUGCAUAACCUCAACUCUGUAAAGGAGUCCCCUCACGAGCGCAUGCACCGGCACAUUGAGCUCGCCUGGGCGUUCUCCACAGUCAUCGGCACUCUGCUUUUUCUGGCAGAGGUGGUGCUGCUGUGUUGGGUGAAAUUUCUUCCGCUCCAGAACCCUGUUGUUCCAGUCCCUAACACCACUUACACCAUGACCCCUGGAAAGGCAGCAGCCAUUGCCUCGACAUCCAUCAUGGUUCCUUUUGGAUUAGUUUUCAUAAUAUUUGCGGUCCAUUUCUAUCGGUCGCUGGUGAGCCACAAAACAGACAGGCAGUUCCAAGAACUGAAUGAACUUGCAGAGUUUGCUCGGCUUCAGGAUCAGCUGGAUCACAGAGGCGACACCAUGCCACCUCCUGGCAGUCAUUUUGCAUAAAACCUGUACUAUAUAUCUUUUUUUAAUCUGCUUCUCAGCUUCUGCCCUGCUAUGUUGACUCCCCCAUGCAUGAAUUGCCUGUACUGUCUAUUCAAAGAGAGAUUUAGAAGCACUGUUUCGGUUUUCACAGAAAGCACCAAACAUUGCACUAUCCUUGUCAGCUAUCCAGAAAUGCUAUGACAUGUAGAGGGCUGGGUGUUGAGGCAUGGCCAUAUUGAGCAUGCUUUUUCUCCUCCCUCCUCCUGUUGGAUUAUUUAACAUCAGAACGAAACAGUGGCUAUGUAAAUGUGUCAGGAAAAUUUAAAUUCUAAGUCUUGGUGUUUGAUGGGGUGGGUCAGGAAGCCUGAUUUCUCCCUGCAUAUGAUGUUGGUGUUUGCUAGAAAGUAGUGCUUGUCCAGUACAUGUUGCAUGGCAAGAUACAAAUUACUUGGGACAUGCAGUAGUUAGCACUCUGCUUCAGUGCUAGUGCUGAGCUUGCUAAAAGUCUGACAGAUGCUGGAAGUGAAAGCUUUCCCUACCGCCCUUCUUUUCCCUUGGCCUCCCCAAGUCCUAUUUUGCUGCCAGGUAAUUAUUACUCUAGCACUACUACUUGCUGUGGCAGCUAUAAGUUAUCUAACCCUUCAGGACCAGUCUUUUUAUGAUGUGAUAUGAGCCACAUCAGUAGGACUGAGGCCCUACCUGUAUUCUUCUUUGGAAGAAAAUGUACAGAAAAGCAAUAACUGCUGUAAUAUCUUUGAGCCAGCACAUGUUAUCUGAAAAGAUAAAAGUGCUUGUUUCUAUUUAGGAACCUUUUAAAAAAGAAAAGAAGAAAGCUAAAUGGAAAUUAUCACUGGACUUUUUUUUGCUUGAGAACUUGUUGCUAGUAGUGUGAUGUGGGGGGGGUUGUUUAUUUUGGGGGGGGGUGGAGGGGGUCCUAUCCAUGGCAAAAAAUGGUAGACACCUAAUUAUGCCGGAACAAUUGCUGUUCUUUCAAGCCAAAGUAGCAAUUAUUUUCUACUUUUUUAUAUAAAAAUAUAUAUAUUUUGAAUAAAUUCUCUGAUACAGACAGUAAAAGGCACUUAAAAGGUCUGUGUUAGACUCCCAAGUAAUUAGCUAUGCCUUGGUUUUGUUAGAAAAAACUGCUUGCUCAAAUGUUGUUGUAUUUAGGAUUUUAAUAAUUUUUGUCUUCUAUGAUCAUGCUUCCAAGAGGUGCUGGAAGACUACUUUCUAUAUAGACUUAUUUAUGAAAAUGGGUGAUUUGUAAUAUUGCUGCUUAUUUUUUUCAGACACGUGCAUCUUUGAUAGAAUGAGGCUACUGUUUUUAACCUCAAGCUGUUAUCUCAAAAUUUGAAGUUUCUCCCUCAAAUAUACUGUAUAGUUCCUCAGGUGAAAACUUCUUCUUUUCACUGACUUCAAUGAGAAGGGUUAUUUUGCCUGAGGACUGCAAGUUUUGUCCCUGAUUCUUUCAGAGUGGGUUUGAGUCCAGGUCUAUUUACGAGUAAAUUGUUUUUUGCAGGGUUUUCCUGACAUUGCUGAAGGAUGAAAGUGGUUUGGUUUUAAUGUGAAAAGGAUUUGGUUUUGUUUUUUAAUCCAGGAAAUACUGGUUCGUGACUCUUCAAAUCCACUGGAAAAGAACAGGGACCCCACUCAUAGCUGUAUGCUAGAGAGUGUAAUUUUGAGAUUUAUUGUAUCGGAUUCAGCCUGAUGGAAGUUGUGCCUUUUUAUGCCUGGUUUAAAUUUAGUCCAUAACACCCAGCCCCUCUUUUUCCAGAUAUCUCAAUGCGCUUUAUAAAUAAGGUCCUAAUUUUGCAAAGAUUUCCUGUCAAAUGUGUGGUGUGAAUGGGACUGGUUUCUUGGAACCACACUUGAUAGACAGGUUAGACCAAAAGUGCAGUUUAUAUUCAGAAAUUAUUUCAAAGGAGGAGUACCAUAGUUGUCUUAAACAGUCUUGCAUCCAGUAUACUUUUGUUAAUUAGCAAGGAAAAAACCCCCUUCCCAAGUGCCAUCCCCCACAAAUUGUUCCUGGACUCUGAAAAUUGAACUGGAUUCAUUCUGGUUCUGAUGUUGCCAGCCCUGUAGUCUUUGUAACCAAAAUAAAAUGAACGAUUUUGUUUACGACCAGAAUCCUUCCAGUUGUGCCGUGGCUGUUUGUUCCUACAGUGCUGAUGGGAUUAAAUUUGUAACCAUUUACUUCAGUUGUUGGAGAAGCACUCUAAAACAGUUAUGAAAGUUGGAGCAGCCUAGGCCUAAACUCUAGUCCAGUGAUUCUCAACCAGAGCGACGGGACAGAAGUACAGGGUGCGAAUCUUCCCUGCCAGGUUCUGGAGGGGAACCCCGAGUCUAAUGAGGGGUGUCUUGAGUCUGUCAAGGAUGCCUGAAAUCAAAAGAAGUUGAGAACCACUGAUCUAUCUUCCCAUCCUCUACUAAGAUUGUUGACAGUACUAAAGGUAACAAUAUCUACCUUUUCCUGGGGAAACUAGCUUUUUACAAAGCCAUUGUAAAUCAAGCCAGCCUGAAUUAUUUGCACUAGUGUACAAACAGAAUCAAAGGGACACUAUCAGGUCUGGGGAUACUUCCCCCUGAAAAUGUUGUGUCCACAAUUGCAACUCUCUUAAAAUGAUUGUGAAUGAGAGGUUAGCACUUUUUUCCCCAGCUUAUUCCAUGUAAUCACUUAUACUGUUUGCCUGGACAAAAGUAGUCUGUUACCUGUAUGUUGCAAGUCUUCCAUACAGCAGUAGAGGAAAAUGUGGAGCUACAAGUAACACUGUACUUUUAAGUGAGUGUCAUUAUGACCAUAUGUUUUCUGACUAUAACUGCACUUUUCAACACAGCUCUUGUGUUUCUUCCAUUUGACAACUGGGUAAAUGGCGCAGUUGUCUUGUCUUGUGCAGCCAUGCACCUGAGCAGUGGGCAGACGAAAGGCCAGAACUUACAAUGCCAAGUGUGGACUCUGAACAGUAGAGCACACCGUUUUAUUUUUAUUCCUUAUUUAUACUAAUGGUAUUAAGCAUUUACCUCAGACACUUUAAACAUCAGUUACUGUAUACAGCUUUUACUUAGAUAUAAAUGACUUUAUAAUAAUUAAAUAAAAAUAUACUUGGUCGGCA